GCGAAAGUGUAUUUAUAUAUUUGUUUAUAAAAUGUGAAAUAACUAAUUAAAAAAACAUUUACAAAAUUUAAUAAAAACAAACAAAAGUUCUUGUAAAUAAUUAAAAACUGAUUAUUUAUUAAAAUAAUAAUGAGUCAUGAAGAUAUACAUAUUAAUGUCCCCUGGGGUUACAUAGCUGGACGUUGGUAUGGCAAUCGCAAAGUUCGUCCCAUAUUGGCUUUACAUGGCUGGCAAGAUAAUUUAGGAACCUGGGAUCGUCUUAUACCCUUACUGCCACAGCAUAUAGGAAUAUUAUGUAUUGAUUUUCCUGGUCACGGCAGAUCCUCCAGAUACCCCAAUGGCAUAACCUAUCAUAUGAUUGACUACGUAGACACAAUUAUACGCGUUAUAAAGGAAUAUAAAUGGAAAAAAGUAUCUUUAUUAGGCCAUUCUUUGGGUGGCAUUGUGGGUUUUAUAUAUGCCGCUCUUUAUCCUCAAACAGUCGAUAUGUUAAUACAAUUAGACAUUAUAAUGACACCUAUCAGAACACCGGAUUAUAGACUAAGAAAACUAAUAAUGAGCACAGACAAACUUUUAAUUGAAAAUCAACGUUUAGAGGACUUAAAAUACACAGAACCUCCCUUAUUCAGCUAUGAGCAAUUAGAGGAUAAACUAUAUUUAGGUUCCAACAAAUCAAUAAACAAGGAAAAUUGCAAAUAUUUAUUAAAUCGCAGUAUUAAUGCAUCUCAACUGUGUCCUGGAAAAUAUUAUUUUUCACGUGAUGGCCGUAUAAAAUAUUAUCAUGAGUUCAACUCGUCUCUAGAGUUGAUUCAAGCUAUGGCUAAACGUUUGAAAAAUAUCAACUAUUUGGUGAUAAAAUAUAAAAAUUCGGAUUAUAUCGAAAAUGAUAUGAUGGAAACUGUUUGCAAAAUUCUACCAACAAUGGAGUUUAAUGAAGCAGAAGGUACCCAUCAUGCCCACCUGAACAAUCCAACUGAGGUAGCGGCCAAAAUCUUACCAUUUAUUUUGAGAAUAAGGCCAGAAACUGAAACGAAUGAUAUAAGUUCAAAAUAUGAUAUUAUUCAAAGCAAAUUAUAAAAAUACUACUUAUAAUGUUUAUUAUAAAAUAUAUGAUUUUUUUCUGUUUAAUU